CCUUGUGCCUGACAAAAUGGAGCUAGAGGCCAUGAGGAAAUACACCAGCCCAGUGAACCCAGCUGUCUUCCCCCAUGUGACUGUGGCGCUGUUGGCCAUUGACAUGUUCUUCACCUCCUGGUUCUUCAUUUACAAGGUUACCUCCACCAAGUACACUCGUGAUGUCUAUAAAGAGCUCCUCAUCUCCUUAGUGGCCUCGCUCUUUCUGGGCUCUGGAGUCUUCUUGCUGUUCUGGGUUGGCAUCUACUUAUGAGCUCUCAAGGGGUCCAACCAGGCGGCUUCACUGAAUCCCUGCUUCCAUAAAUUAAUUUGUUUACUAUUGUUGGAAGUGUCCUACCUGCUGCUUAUGAUAAAGGCAGAU